GGUAUCCUGAGACCUCACCCUUGGGUUCCAGGCAAGGAUGCGAGAAAUUGUGCAUAUUCAGAUUGGCCAGUGUGGCAACCAGAUCGGAGCCAAGUUCUGGGAGGUGAUUGGGGAAGAACAUGGGAUUGACUGCGCCGGCAGCAACCUGGGGGCCUCUGCCCUGCAGCUGGAGAGGAUCAGCGUGUACUACAAUGAAGCCUACGGUAAGAAAUACGUGCCCCGCGCGGUCCUGGUGGACCUGGAGCCCGGGACGAUGGACAGCAUUCGAUCCAGCAGCCUGGGCGCCCUCUUUCAGCCCGACAGUUUCGUCCACGGUAACUCGGGCGCUGGCAACAACUGGGCCAAGGGCCACUACACCGAGGGCGCCGAGCUCAUCGAAAACGCCAUGGACGUGGUGAGGGCGGAGAGCGAGAGCUGCGACUGCUUGCAAGGCUUCCAGAUCGUGCACUCCCUGGGCGGGGGCACGGGCUCGGGCAUGGGCACGCUGCUCAUGAGCAAGAUCAGGGAGGAGUACCCCGACCGCAUCCUGAACUCCUUCAGCGUCAUGCCGUCCCCCAAGGUGUCCGACACGGUGGUCGAGCCCUACAACGCCGUGCUGUCCCUCCACCAGCUCAUCCAGAACGCCGACGCCUGCUUCUGCAUCGACAACGAGGCCCUCUACGACAUCUGCUUCCGCACGCUGCGGCUCAGCACGCCCACCUACGGGGACCUCAACCACCUGGUGUCCCUGACCAUGAGCGGGGUGACCACCUCGCUGCGCUUUCCCGGCCAGCUCAACGCAGACCUGCGCAAGCUGGCGGUGAACAUGGUGCCCUUCCCCCGUCUGCACUUCUUCAUGCCCGGCUUCGCCCCGCUCACGGCCCAGGGCAGCCAGCAGUACCGGGCCCUGUCGGUGGCAGAGCUCACCCAGCAGAUGUUCGAUGCCCGCAACAUCAUGGCCGCCUGCGACCCGCGUCACGGCCGCUACCUGACGGUGGCCUGCAUCUUUCGCGGCAAGAUGUCCACCAAAGAAGUGGACCAACAGCUACUGUCUGUGCAGACGAGGAACAGCAGCUGUUUUGUGGACUGGAUCCCCAACAAUGUCAAGGUGGCCGUGUGUGACAUCCCGCCCCGGGGGCUGAACAUGGCAGCCACCUUCCUAGGCAACAACACUGCCAUCCAGGAGCUCUUCACCAGGGUUUCCGAGCAAUUCUCGGCCAUGUUCAAGAGGAGAGCGUUUGUGCACUGGUACACUAGCGAGGGCAUGGACAUAAGUGAGUUCGGGGAGGCGGAGAGUAACCUCCGCGACCUGGUCUCUGAGUACCAGCAGUUUCAAGAUGCCAAGGCUGCUGUGGACGACGAGGAAGAGAGUGCCGAAGGCGAGGCAGAGAUGGAAGCAGAGGACAAGGAACGUUAG